AUGAGCUUUGAGGCUGUUCCCACACUCCAGCAGCUUGCCAUGCAGCGGCUGCUGGCAGAUGAAGACUUGGCCAUCUCUGCUCUGGAGGAACUUCCCAUAAUGUUGUUCCCACCACUCUUCGAGGAGGCCUUCAUUGAGAGACAGACAAAGGUUGUGAAGGCCAUGGUAGUAUCUUGGCCCUUCCCCUGCCUCCCUCUUGGGGCGCUGAUGUGCCAAGCCAAAGUGGAUAACUUCCAGGCUGUUCUUGAUGGGAUGGAUUGGCUGAAUAACCAGAAUGUUUGGCCUAGGAGGUGUAGACUACAAGUGCUCAGUUUGCAGGAUGUGUAUGAUGACUUCUGGGAAGGAUGUGUUGGAAAAAAGUCUACGCAGUGGACCAAACCUGUAGAUGCCACAACAGAGGGAAAGAAGCACCAAUUGAAGGUGGUAGUUGAAUACUCCCUCAUGUACCUCACUCUCACAGACUACAAUAGUGCCUUCAUGCUGUGGCUCAUUCAGAGAAGAGAUACCAUGUGGAUCUAUUUUGUUCUGUGUGGUUCAGGAAUUAAAUAA